AUGGAGAUUGACCAAGAAGUAUCUUCGUCCGGCUACUCAUCUAGCUCCUCAUACACGAUUUUGGGUUCAUCUAAGGUAGGUUCCAAAGCCGAUUUUUUUUGCGUGUCAGUAUUUCUUACUAAAUUAUGAUUACACAGCCCAUUUUGCAUUCAAAAACAAGAGGUUCGCGUUACUUUUAUUGAAAUUCAUAAAUUACACAAGAUCUCUUCAGGUGAAACACGGUGCUGUCAACUUUGAAAUGCUUCAAGCAGAAUCAGCCUACAUAUCUAUGGGACCACAAACGUCCACAUAUUCAAAUGAAUCUCGUUAUUUAAUGAUGAGACAAAGAAGGAAACCCGAAGGCGCCAUAAAAGAAGACCGAAUGGCCCGUCAGCAAGUACUAAAGAACAAAAGGAAACGGGCGAGACAAGCCAUAAUCGAUCAGAAUCGACCUCUUUAUGUGUCUAGCGACGGAGAUACAAUAUUCGAAGAUGACAACGACGUAUUUGAGAUGGGCAAGAUUGAUCCCACACUAUUCAAUCAAUUGGAUGAUGGGCUCUACAUCGAUCAAGUGGAAGUUGUGGAUAUUUCCAAUAAUGGAACCGUAGAAUGCAUGGAUAUCUUAUGCGAUCUCGAUGAGAGUGAUCUCAGCGACAGUGAGCUUAGUUUCUUUGGCUGCGACACCGAUACCGAGAGGGAAGAAGAUGGAUAUACCACUGCCGACUUCGAUGACACGGAACCGGAAUCGGAACAGGAGAAUGGUGACAUAGCUUUGAUUCAGUCGGUUGCAUCAACUGAAGAAGAGAUUGUCAGGAUACGAUUCCCUUUUAUGUCGAUGAGAGUCUUUUUGUCCGACGUUUAUUGCCUAAUGGAUGAUGUGUUUGUGAAUGAUACGAUUGUUGAUUUCUGUUUGAAUCAUAUGGUGUUCAAUGAGUUGCCUGAGGAUGUGUAUAAGAUCCACACUUUCCCCUCGACCUUUUUUUAUUAUAUGCAGAUGCAGUUGUUCAGAGAUGGCAGCAAUAAGAAUGAUCUACCUGCCCAGCGAUUGAUGCGUCGGUUUUCGCGGCUAGCGCCUUUUGUUGAGAACUUGGAUAUCUUUGAGAACGACUUCUUGGUGUUCCCCAUGAAUGAUAUGAAUCAUUGGUAAGAGCUAUUUAAUGAUGCUAUCUCGGGUUUCUAACUUUUUUGAUAUGAUUAUUUUAUAUAAGCUUAAAACUUUGCAUAUAUAAAUUAUAUCGUUCAUAAUUAUACAUGACAUCGUUCCAGGUCGUUGUGCAUUGUCUGUUGUCCUCAAUUACUCCUCGAUGAGACUCAACAAGAGAGACUGGAGAAGUCGAAUGUGAUCGAACCAACUCCCUGUAUAAUUAUGCUCGACUCUCAAUUCAACGAACAACCUAAUCUUGACAAAUACAGUGGUCACAUACGAGAAUUUCUUCAAUUCGCUUAUAUUUACAACCAUGGUUAUUGCGAAGACCUGAUGGAUCGAUUCUCGGAGAAAAACCUGAAGCUUGUUUAUCCCCAAAGACUUCCCCAACAGACAAAUAAGUAUGAUUGCGGAUUGUACUUGCUGGAAUACGCCAAAAACUUCUUCAUGAACCCACCCAAUAUGGUAAUUAAACUUGACGUUAUGCUAGAUUUUUUAGAAGAAAACGGUGGACUCCUUUGAUUUCCUGGCUGAAUAUCCUCAAUUCAGCACGAGCAACAAAAGAGCGGCGCUGAGAAGGGAAAUCCUCAGCAUGAAUGACCAUUACGAAUCUCUACUUCAUCAAGAUUCGACUUAG